CUCUGCUUGUGAGAAAAAUCGAACAUAAUUUUUCUAUGGACUUGGGAAGAAAGCUCGGAAAGCUUGCUGGAUCAGUUGUCGCGGUUUUGACAAGCGAAGAUCAGUUCCCAUAUUAUGAUGUUAUGAUUCACGAUUAUAAAGAUGAUCUCAAGAACUACCCAGAGGAGACUCCAAGGGAUGUUAUUAAUGAUUGCAUCUUGAAGUUGUCCCGGGCUCUUGUUCACUCAAAAGACACAAAAGAUGUCAAGGAAGGAAUACAAAAGCUUGAAGAUAGUCUCAGGGGUGAGUCGGGUGUACUUAGCCCACUUCAAAAGAGGGAGAUGCUUUAUCUUCUCGCAGUUGGAUAUUACAGAGAUUGUGACUAUGCAACUAGCUUAUCUUACUUGGAUCAAUGUUUGGAGAUUGCACCACAAUUCAACCAAGCUUUGACCAUGAAGAAAAAAUUCGGAUCGGUUCUCUGGUUUCUCAUCGGGGGAGAUCACCAAUAUUAUCUCGAUAUGAUUCUUAUUGUGAGAGAGAUAUCUCAGAGGCCGGGGAUGAUGCUCCGGAUGAGGUUAAGAAUGAAAACAUCAUCAAGUUGUCCUGGGCUCUUGUUCACACAAGACAACCAGAAGAUGUCCAGCGAGGAAUAGCGUUGCUUGAAGCCCCUCUAAGGAAAGAUGGACUAAGCCAACUUCAACUAAGGGAUAUGCUUUAUGUUCAUGCACUUGGACAUUACAUGAGUCGUGACUUUACCAAGUGCGCGAAAGGCUUGUGUCGAUUGAUGGAGAUUGCACCAGACUGCUGGCAAGGUUGGACGCUGUACAACACAGUUUUUUAUCGAGUGGAUUUAGAAAAAGUACUAGAAGGAGUCAUUUUUUAUGCUGCUACGGUGAUUGCGCCCGUUAUUGUUUCCCGCCAGAUUGACGAUCUCUUCACUCCAAUAACCCUCAUGGUAUUGGGUGCGAUGCCACUUCCACCCCCACCUCCAUCUCUACAGCAUUCAUACACACCUCCAGCAAGGGAACUUCUUGAACACUGGUGACUCAGGUCGGGAGGGAUAGAACUGCAUUUGACAAAAUUCAAAACCAGAAUGCGUGAACGGAAUCCGCCAUCGUUUUUGCUGCUGUAACAGUAGCAUUAUUGUCUCGGUUGCUGAUUUUGGUUCACGCUGUUCUUUGCU